ACAACAAUAGAAAGUUUGUUAAAUGGAAACACAUAUCCCAGCUCAAAGUGACCCAUUGAAACUUGAAAUGCCUGAAUGCUGCUGGUGACGAUGCUGGCCAGGAUCAUAUUUUGCAGUGCAGUCCUGUUGGCAACCCUGGCAGUGAUUCUGCUGGCUUUGUUUUCACCACUACCUAAAAGAAAGCCAUCACCGCCAUGGCUGGACCUCUCCUUGUACAUCCAGCAACCACAAAGUCCCAAUAUUAUUGAUGCAACAAGCUCCAAUAAUAAUAAUGAUCAUGUGGCACAAUCUUCUCAAUCAGACGGCGGAGGAGCAUUCAUCUUCCACCGCAUGCUCACAGAGGGACCCGAGAACACUUCUCUGGUGGUGGGGAAAGCGCAAGGGUUCAUUAUCCCAGUAGAGCAGUUUGCAAACUCGGGUUUCAACAUAAUCUAUCUCACCUUUCACACGCCUCAGUAUUCGGGUAGCCUAAGCGUUGAGGCCAAGCAUGUCUCCCCGAAAGACACCGAAGAGCUUACUGUGAUGGGUGGAACGGGGUCGUUUGCUUUUGCAAGAGGACUUGCGGUUUUUGCUCAGAGUAUCCAUGGUGAUGCCACUUAUCAUGUAAAGUUGCAGCUUAGAUUUCCUAAGAAUCAGUCUCGGACGACCACAAUUCUGGGAUGAUGAUGAUUCAAUUCAUGAUGCACUGGUUUUGUUCUGUAAUAUGCUACUUAAUUGAUGAUAAUUCUUUGUUAUUAAAAAAUACAAGUAAUGAAUUUACAUGUUCCUUCCAUUUUCAUGUAUUUUCAGCAACAUGAGGAGUUGUUAGUGUUCAUCAACGGAACAAAAAUUUAUUGAUUGGUUGGGCUUGGGCUACAACUAGAGCCCAGACCUCAUCAAAUUCCAGACUAAGGUGGAAGAAGGUCAGGCCCAAUGAUGAAAAAGAAAAGGCGCAGUCAAUCCAUCACGUGUUCGUCGCCCCUGAAAUAGUAAGUGUAGUACAAGAAAACAUAAGAAGUACAAGUUUUUGAGCGAGAAGUCAGAAUAUCUGUCGGCGCCCACCGGCCACACCGCAGUGACUCAGUCGCUGUAUUGGUCAUAGCUUAGGAAAUAUCGAAACUGGAAAUUGGAAACCAGCAGCGCCGCUGGGAUUGGAAACCGGCGGCGAAGCCAAGCGAAUUGCUUGCCAAUUUUACAUCUGCAUUCACCUAACCUAGCCCACACCACGUUGCUUUCUCUCUCCUCUCACAAUAAAAA